GGUCGGGCGGUGACGGUCUCUGUGCCCCUCCGGGGGCGGCUGCGGCUUCCCCCCCUUGCUGGCCGCCCAGCGCAGAGCCCGGUGAGUCCCGUGCCAGUGUCCCCGCGAGGUCAGAGCGGCUCACCCGGCGCUUUGUGUGGCGAAGGGCGCCGGUUGCCCGGUGCCGCCGUGCUCCGGCCGCGCCCCGGGGCUGUGCCCGGUCCGCGCCCGCAGCACUGGCCCCGGCUGUGUGAGCCGCGGCUCGGCCCCCUCACGGACCGCUGGGGCCCUUUGCAGGUCCCGGGGGCGCUGGAUGUGUCGGUCUGUGGCCGUCGCGGGGGAGCCGUGGCCGUGCCGUGCCGCCAGCUAUGAUUCCCCGCUGACAGGCUGAGCGGCAUCGACUGCACCCGGGGAUGGUUCCGCCGCUACCUGCGGGGAGGCCCAAGUAGGAGCCGGGCCAUGGGGGCCGCGCCGGGGCCGGCACCUCCCCGCUGCCCUCCGUAGCCCGACAGCAGCCGGCGGCCACUCCGAGGGCCACCAUGGAGCGGCCCCCGCGUGUGCCCGGGCCCCGCUGGCUCCUGGGCUGCUUCGGGCGGAAGCCACAGGCCGUGCGGGGGGAGCCGGAGCCGGAGCCGCUGCCGGAGCCGGAGCCGCUGCCGGAGCCGGAGCCGGAGGAAGCCGAGGAGACUCGCGUGGCGCUGCCCCCGGGCGAGGGCCGGGUGCUGGAGGAGUGCCCUCUGUGCCUGCUGCCGCAGCCCCCCGAGGCCUUUCCCAGGCUGGCCUGCUGCGCCCACCGCUCGUGCCGGGCGUGCCUGGAGCAGUACCUGCGCCUGGCCGUCAGCGAGAGCCGCGUGCUGGUGUCGUGCCCGCACUGCCCCGCCGCGCUCCCCGCCGCCGACGUGCGCCGGCUGCUGCCCGAGCCCGCCCUCCGCGACAAGUACGAGGAGUUCCUGCUGCGGCGGCUGCUGGUGGCCGACCCCGGCACCCGGUGGUGCCCCGCGCCCGACUGCAGCUACGCUGUCCUCGCCCACGGCUGUGCAGAGUGUCCCCGCCUCACCUGCGGGCGCGAGGGCUGUGGCACCGAGUUCUGCUACCACUGCCGGCAGCCCUGGCACCCCGAUGGCCCCUGUGUGCCAGCAACGCUGGCCCCUGGCCUGGCCACCCCCACAGCACAGCCGGCCCAGCCUGAGGACUCAGCCCACGGUGAGGCUGAGGACAUCAAGGUCUGUCCGCGCUGCAGCGCCUUCAUCAUGAAGAUCAACGACGGGAGCUGCAACCGCAUGAACUGCACGGUCUGCGGGUGCCUCUUCUGCUGGCUCUGCCUGCGGGAGAUCUCCGACGUGCACUUCCUCAGCCCCUCUGGCUGUACUUUCUGGGGGAAGAGGCGGUGGUCGCGGACCCGAAGGAUCCUGUGGCAGCUGGGCAUGGUGCUGGGUGCACCCAUGGUCAUCUCCCUCGUCGCGGGCGUCGCUGUCCCUGUCAUUACCAUUGGGAUCCCCAUCUACAUGGGUAGGAAGGUGCUGGGCCAGAGCCGGCGGAGCAGCCUGUCAGGGUGCCAGCAGUGCCUCUCUGUCACCAGCAGCGUCCUUCUCUCUCUCUUUGUGUCCCCCAUCAUAACAGCUGUCACCGUGGGUGUUGGCGUGCCCCUGAUGCUCACCUACGUGUACGGGACCGUGCUGCUGUCGCUGUGCCGGAGCCGCUGGGGCUGCGGGGGUGGCCGCACACCUGGAGACGUUGGCGUGGUGGAGCUGGAGAACCUGGCCAAGCUGAACGAGCUGUGGUCGGUGCUGCCCAGCCCAAACCCCAGCCCCAGGCCGGGUGAGGACGGAGCCCCAGACCCCACGGCCUCCCUGCCCAGCAGCAGCCGCAGCCAGCGCCCCGGGCUGGCGUGGGACAGCCAGUCUGCCAGCACGGUGGCACUGGCGGGGAGCAUGCUGAGCGAGGGCCAGGACACCUCCGACAGGGAAGGCGUCACCAUCGAGGUGGAGGUGUCGGUCGAGGCGGUGCCGCGUCCUGCCCGGCAGCAGAGCCUGAGCAGCGCCCUGUCUGGGCAGAGUCUCUCCGGGGACUCCCUGGGAGCCACCAGUGACAGAGGUAGCUCUGUGGGUGUUCCCGUGGAGUGAGAGGGCCGAGGGGAAGAGCCUCGAUCCACACACGAGCCCGAUGCCCUCCUGUGGCAGAGCCAGCGGACCACAUCCUGCACUGCUGCGCCAGCCCCAACCGCCCCCUCCCCAGAGGCACCGCUGGGAAAUAAAGCUGCUUUCCAAGGGUC